UCCCAUUUGCAGUGCUUUGUCUUCACUGGCUGCCGGCUGGCGUCACUCAAGGGGCACUACUGCUCCUACAGUAAAUAUUUGUGUUUUCUCAACCGGUUGUGAUGGUGAACGACUGAGACUGAAAAGAGAGGAAUAAAACGAAUAUCGAAGUGUUGACACAAUACUACGAGACUCGAGUAGGAAUAAAGCUUCAGCGCAAAAUGGAUGAGCUCAAACACCAAGUAAUGAUAAACCAGUUCGUCUUGACAGCGGGUUGUGCUGCAGAUCAGGCAAAGCAGCUUUUGCAAGCAGCACAUUGGCAAUUUGAGACUGCCCUCAGUGCCUUUUUUCAAGAAACGAAUAUUCCAUACGGUCACCAUCAUCAAAUGAUGUGCACCCCAGCUAACACACCGGCCACCCCACCCAACUUCCCUGACGCCCUCACCAUGUUCUCCCGGCUGAAGGCCUCAGAGAGCUUCACCACCAGCAGCCCCAUGGCCUCCAUGGCCACCUCUCCCCCUCCUCCACACGAUUGCUGGGGUGUGCCACCGCCCCCCAUGCCCAUGAGCGGCCCACAGGGUCAGGGACUCUGGAUUCAGGGGGAGCCACCCUCCCACCCCGCAGCCUGGCCCACGGGGGUCACCAUUAACCCCCACACCCACCAACACCCGGCCACCGAACAGAAGGCGAGUGUGGCCAUGGAGGCUGAGAGAUGAGGGGCCAGGACUGGACGGCCCUGGGGGGAGGAAGGGAGAGGGAGGGAUGGGUGAGGAGGAAAGGAAAGGUGAAGGUGUCUCUUUCCAAUUGAGGAUGUGGGGGUGGGAGACAAAGACAGCUACGUCAACCAAGAAAAACCAAGCAACUACAUAAUGUGGACAUUUCAACAAGAGGUGGAGAAAUUGAUUCAAAUAAGGAAUCAAAAGGAACACAUUUUAAUGGAAAAAGCAGUGCACACACUUAGCAAUAAGAGAGCAACUGAAAUCUUUGUUAGUUUGUUUUUCUUCUCUCUCAGUAAAUGUAUAGAUAAGACAAAGAAAUGUAUGGAACUAAAGGUAAUCACCAUCAUGCUGAUGUUUUCUGACAUUUAAAAGGCAGCAACUGUUUCUUCUCUUGUUCUUCUUCUUUUCUUUUUGUCUGUCCAUCCAGUGUUUUCCCUCUACUGGGGACCUGUGAUAAGAAGUGUUUGUGUUGCAUGGAGAGAGAGAAUCUGCCCAUCCAGUGCUUUCCCUCUACUGGGGACCUGUGAUAAGAAGUGUUUGUGUGGCAUGGAGAGAGAGAAUCUGCCCAUCCAGUGUUUUCCCUCUACUGGGGACCUGUGAUAAGAAGUGUUUGUGUUGCAUGGAGAGAGAAAAUCUGUCCAUCCAGUGCUUUCCCUCUACUGGGGACCUGUGAUAAGAAGUGUUUGUGUUGCAUGGAGAGAGAGAAUCUGUCCAUCCAGUGUUUUCCCUCUACUGGGGACCUGUGAUAAGAAGUGUUUGCGUUGCAUGGAGAGAGAGAAUCUGUCCAUCCAGUGUUUUACCUCUACUGGGGACCUGUGAUAAGAUUUGUUUGUGUUGCAUGGAGAGAGAGAAUCUGACAGUGUAAUGUUUUACUCUAGUAUUCUCAACAUGUGUCUGUGUGCAGUGUAACCGUCACGCACACUUACACACUCAACUAGCGAGCAGAAGAAACAGUGACAUAGUUUUCAUUACCCAUCGGAAGGUGGAACUCUUCUUACCUCACCUGGUGGUCACCUGACUUUUUUCAGCCUAUCAGGGAUUCUCAACUGUUUGACAAUGCAGAACAUUUUUUUAAACUGAUUGUAAUUUUUCAACUCUGGUAUUUUCUCAUGAUGAUGACACUGUUCACUGCUAUAGCUUUUCUUUCCAACGAAGGGUGAUGCUUUACUAUUAACCUGUUCUGGAAGAUAGAACUGGCCACUGCAAUGGUUCUGCAGAUUUGGGUAUUAUAUAAAAAUCAUGGUUUGAUAUAUUAAAGUUCAUGUUUUUUUUGG